AUGUAUCGCGUGUUACCACUAUAACUUGCCUAUAUAUAAUAUAUAUAUUCCCACCCCCAUGGACACCCCAUCUAUCCCUUCAUCAAAAUCUAUUUUAACUCUUCCUGCCCCACUCCUCACCUAAUUAACCCCUAAAGCAAUAUAAUGCACAAUGGCCAUCAAAGGUAUCCUGCCUGCAGCUGCUGAGAAUCCUGGAGCACAUGACGAUGAAUACAGGCUUCCAAAUGGUGAAGAGCAAUUUGCUGGUAAUAAUGGAAAUUCCUCCUGUAAGUUUUCAUUAGAAGACGACUGUGAUGAUAACUGUGUCGUAGAUGAUGAUGAUGAUGAAGCAGAAGCAGAAGCAGAAGCUGCUGGGAGUGAAGCACAAAGCUCCAUGGUCAGGAGCUUGUAUUGGGAAUCACAAGAGGCCUUGCUUCAGGAAAUUCUGGAGAAUUACAAGUUGAGUGGCACAAAAGUACGAGAAGGUAUAUACAAAAUCAUAGAAAGGGUUACCACAACUACAAAUAAUUAUUGUGAAUGCCCUCUUCCAAGAUUGGAGAGUUGUGCCAAGUGCUUGAGGCUUAGAGCUGUGAAUGAGCUCCGCAACAAGGGAUUCACUGCAACCCUUUGUACAUCCAAGUGGAAUCAAACAGACAAAAAGCUCGGAGGAAGACAUGAAUACAUAGAAGUGAUUGUGAGCACACAAGGGAGGAAGAAGCAAGUUCCAUUGGUGAUAGAGUUGAACUUGAGAGAUGAGUUCAAGAUGGGAAAAUCAUGUGAAGAGUAUUGCAGAAUGGUAGAGCAAUUGCCACAAAUGUACAUAGGCAAAGGUGAGUACUUGAAUGCGAUUGUGCGUGCAGUGUGUGAUGCUGCCAAGAAAUCAGCGUCGGAGCAAAGGAUUCACAUAGGGCCUUGGAGGAAGACCAGCUUUAUGCUUAUGAAAUGGUCGCCGGCGGCGGCUUCGCCGGUUGAAAAGACUACUUCCGUCGCCGGCGCCCAUCAAUCUUCGUCCACUCAACUUGUAAUAAUGUCGCCAAGACAAUGGCACGCAAGUAUCACAUCCGGGCUACAAUCUGUCACCGGAACAACCGUCAAAGUUGCAUAGAUCAUCACAUAUAUUUUGAUAUAAUAAUAAUAAUAAUAAUAAUAAUAUAUUGUAAAAGUAUGCAAGUCGACUCUUAGGGCAUCCCAAGUUAGGGCUUCCACAUUAUAAAUUCUUGGUGUGGUUUUUAAGAAAGGAAGACCGGUGUGGAGGAGAGAGAAGCUUUUGGAUUUUUGCAGAAGAAGAGGUUUUUGAACCGAACAUGCGGGACCACGUGGAGAAAUGGCAGCGUUUGUUCAUGCAUUUAGCGCACCUUGCACGUAAAAGCUUUGUUUUAAUUUUUUUGUGAGACUUGCUUUUCUUUUCCUUUCUUUUUUUCUUCUAUUUUUUAAUCACACCUACAAAAACUUCAUCUAUCAAAAUUACAACUACUAGGGAUGCUCUUAGUAAGAGCACAAGGUCAUUAGUUUUUUGGUGUAACUUAAAAUUUUCUGUGAUUAAUUUUCUCGCUAAAUUGUAAGCACCUCAAAAGUGAGACACUGAGUUUGAGAUUUAAGGCUGACACAAAGUCAUUAAUUGAAUCUGCAGUCAAUGUUACGUUCCCAA